AUGGAUUCUGGGGGGUCGCUGAAGUAUUUCAGCGGCGAUGACUGCGAUCACAGAGAAUACAAAAGAUGGAAGCAGUGGGCACAGAACAAAAUUCUGGUCAUGGAUCGCCUUCCCAAGGAGGCACGUGGUGCGUUCAUUUGGACGCUUCUCCAGGGGAAGGCACUGGAAGUAGUUGAACACCUGACACCUGAUCAAUACCAGGUGGAGGGAGGAGAGAAGGUCAUUUUCGACCUUUUGGAUGCCCGAUGGCCCCAGAAGGACAAGUCCGAUGAGAUUGGGGAGAUCAUAGCUGAGAUCUUCACCAUGAAAGGCAAGGACACUGAGACCUUGCGCCAGUGGUCGGCGAGGGCUCGAGAAGCCUUCGACCGUUGCCGCAGGAAAUGCGGCGUAGACUUCCCAGAAGAGGUCAGAGGCUGGGUGCUGCUUAACUGCAGUGGCUUGACGGAGCACGAGAGGGCCGUUGUUUUGGCUCGUGGUCAAGGCAACCUCAAGUUUGAUGCUGUCUCUCAAGCGAUGCGCAGCUGUUUUCCUGAGUAUGUCAUCUCUCGUCGCAAAGCUGCGGGAGUCCAUGUGGUGGAAGAAACGCCUGAUGAGUUUGAUCAGCAGGCCUCAAGCUCUAAUGCAGUAGCUGGCUUCGAAGAUGUGGAGCUGCUGUUGGCCGAGCAUGGACUGGUUGAUGAACAUGCUAGCUCUUCUCUGGGCCCUGAUGAGGAAUGGGAAGAGUCUGAAGCCGCAGAAGUACUUGCGGCCUCCUGGAAAAACAAACGGGCUGAGCUGUCAAAGCUACAGAAGAGUCGCCGUUUCAAUCAAGCCAAUGAUCUUCGUAGAGCCUUUCGUGUAGAGGUGGAAGAGGUUAAGAAGCGGUCCAAGUGCUUCAAGUGCAACAAGUUGGGGCAUUUUGCCCGAGAGUGCAAAGCUCGUGGUGCCUCUAGCGCUUCAACUGUCUCAGCUGGUACCUCUGGGAAAGAUCAUGCGGCAGGUAUGGUCUCUGUCGUGACUGAUGAGAAAGAGCACUUCAUUUGUUCUGCAGGAUAUGAGCUGGAAUCUGAACAUGCGACAUGUCAUGAUGUUUGCCUGGUGAGCUCACCCGGCUUUGCUGUUUUGGACAGUGGAUGCGGUAAGACCAUUGUAGGAGAAGACACCCUACAUGAUUUUCACUGCAUUUGGAAAGCUCAUGGUGUUCGAGUCCCUGCUGAACGCGCUGAGACCAAUACUUUUAAGUUUGGCAAUGGUGAGCGUGAAGUGUCUCAUAGGAUGAUUGAUAUGCCUGUGUACAUAGCUGGUAGAAGAGGAGUAGUUCGUGCAGCAGUGGUGAGAGGGUCAGCCCCCUUGUUGUUGUCUAGAGCUGCUCUGAAGACUCUGCAAGCCCACAUGAACUUUGAUCGCGAUGAGCUGACGUUGUUCGGCACUGAGACAGUGCCAAUGCUGGUGAACGAGGCUGGUCAGUACACUGUGAAUGUCUCCAAGUUUCCAGGUCAUAGCCCAAUCAAUGCUGACUCCGUAGCACCCCGUGUGUUGUCCGCUGAUGCGUCUGAUGACUCAGAUGAGAGCCAUGGAGUGACACUGCACUGCCAGCCAGGAACUGAUGCACCACCAUGCCUUUACCGAGAACGAAGUCUGCCUGACGCAAUGGACGCCCAAGCAGCACCGUCAGCUGCUUUCACAGAUCAGGCAGGGAGAAGUGGAGACCUUAUCCGAAAGUCAACCCGACUUUUGGUGUCUCACAGUGACAUGUGCAGCCUGAGUAGGAAGUGCCCGGGGAAUGCAGAUCCGAAGCAUGUCCAACACCAGGUGAUAGCUGGAUCAGUCCCUCAAGUAGGCUCAGUUAGCAAGUUUGCUGGCAAAUAUCCCACAGCCUUUGUCAAGAGCGUGCUUGCCACGGUUCCGGAACUGCAGCCCCAGCCUGUGCUAGUAGUGCAGUCAGAUUGCUCGCACGAAUGCCUGGUAGCAGCUCGUUUAGAUGAGCUCAAUGCUGAAGAAGGGUCUCAACUCCGGAAAAGCCUGUUGAAAUUGCAUUCCAACUUAGGACAUCCGCCCAAUCAACAGUUGUUGAGAGUGCUGAAGCAUGGAGGUGCUUCUCCAGCAGCCUUGCAAGCAGCCCGAGAGCUGACAUGCGAGCAGUGCGUUGCCAAUGCACAGCCGAAGUUGCCACCACCAGCCCAAACACAUCGCACCACUGAAUUUAAUUCCCUGGUAGGUAUCGAUGUUAAGUACUUGACUGGAUGGACCACUAACCAAAAGAUUCCUGCUCUUAAUAUGAUUGACUAUGCCAGUAGUUUGCAGGUGAUGGUGCCGUUGUUCAAAAGAGAGACGUCUGAGUUGAUCCUCAACACGUUUAUGGAGCGAUGGGUCUCUUGGGCAGGCAUGCCGACUGAAGUGGUAUGCGACCCGGCCCAGCCAAACGUUGCUGAUGCCCUGACAGUUCCUCUCGAGGAGAACGGUGCUCAGAUCAAGAUCACGGCAGCCAAUGCCCAUUGGCAGUUAGGCAAAACUGAAGUGCAUGGGGGUUGGUUUAACCGUAUCUUCACAAAAGUCAUCAAUGAGCGAGUCCCCAAAGAUCAACAAGAGUGGUUGGAUUGUGUUCAUGCAUCCCAUUGCAAAAAUCAGUUGAUUCAAGUGUAUGGUAUGACACCGUCCCAAUUCGUGUUUGGCCGCAAUCCCCGAAUCCCUGAGAAUCUCAUGGAUGAACCGCUGGAAGUUGUGCCAGCCACUGCAUCCCUGUAUCAGGAAGCCUUGGCCAAGCAAGUUGCGACGCGUCAAGCAGCCAGAAGAGCUGUGCUAGUGCUGCAGGACUCCCGGUCCUUGAAGCUUGCUCUUGCGGCUCGGCCCCGAGUGACAGUUGCCAUGUCUCCCGGUGAUCGUGCACUGCCAAAUCCAUCAGCCGAGCCGUCUGACAGGCCUCAGCCAGAGCCGAUGUCUGUAUCCGACCGCCAACAGCAGUCGCAUGUGUCGUCGGAACUGCCAGAACCCGAGGUUGUAGAUAAGUCUCCCAUGGUUGAUAGUGUUUUCGAUGAUCCUCCGGAUGUUCCGAUGCCACCACAGGUCGCUGCUGAAGCCGAUGUUAGCGUGUUCCGUGGACACAGUUCUGAUGCGAAGUCAUCAGAAGAGGCUGCCAGCUAUGGCCCUGUGCGCAGAAAGGUGUUGAGUAAGCAAGGAGCACCAGCUCUGUUUCGUCCUGGUCGCAUGGCCCAAGAUGAUUUUUCAGAAAUGAUGCAAGAGGUUGUCCCACAACUGUUGGAACAGGUGCUGCGUAGUGAGAACACAGGUAGGUCCGAGUCGAGCCAGAGCGAAACAAGACCGGCUGCCACCAAGCGCAGUUCAUCCGAAUCCAAUCCCGAGUCAACUGACUCUGCUAAAAGCCAGAGGACACAGUCCCCUGCCCGGGAUCAGCCUUCCAAUGAUGCGUUGGUCAUUGACCAUGAAGGAUCCACGUUUGCAUGUGAUGAGGUGACCAUUUUGUCAGUAGAACAUUGUUCGUCUCCUUCGGCUGUUGAACAAUUGCCUAGGGAAAACCUGACAGUUUCUGAAGCUGAAGAGUUGAGAACCAUGCUAGACAAUGGGGAACCAAUAGAAACCUUGAUGGCUAGCUACAUGCAAAAGAAGUCAGCCAAAGAGAUCCGUAGUGCAGGAAAUCCCCCUGAACUCCAGCGUAAAGUGGAUGAAGCCAAGUUGUUGGAGUGGAAUACCAUCCUGGCCAAACAUGCUGCUCGGUUGGUGUUGGGUCCCGAGGCUGAACAGGUACGCAAACGUAUGCCAAAUCGCAUCAUGGGUAGUAGGUAUGUAAUCACAAUCAAGCAGGAGGAUGAUGCUCCAGAGCGUGUCAAGGCACGCUGGUGCCUACAGGGUCAUUUGGACCCAGACCUUGGAGUGAAGGCCGUCACCGGUGACUUGCAGUCGCCAACGUUGUCACAAGUUGCUAGGCACAUGUUGUUUCAGCUCAUUGUUUCCAAAAAGUGGCGUCUCAAGUUGGGCGACAUCAAAGGAGCCUUUUUGUCAGCUGGCGAUCUUCCUCUCAAAUAUCGACCAUUGUUUGCACGCUUGCCGCAAGGCGGCAUUCCAGGCAUUCCGGAAGAUGCUCUCAUAGAAGUGGUAGGCCAUGUAUACGGGUUGAACGACUCACCAUCAGCAUGGUAUCGAAAGCUGUCAACAGUUUUGCUGGAAGCGGGUUUUGAGAAAUCACGUUUUGAUAGCUGCCUCUUUUACAUGAGAGAGAACGGAGAGCUGACUGGCAUCUACGGUGUUCACGUAGAUGAUUGUGCAACAGGUGGACAUGGACCUAAGUAUCAAAAGGCUCUCAAGCAUUUGCAAGAGAACUUUGAAUUUCGGAAGUGGCGCGAUGGCAUAGAGGGAGGGGAUUUUUGUGGUGCUAGCUAUACUCAAGAUCCUAUUUCCCUUGAAGUGCAUAUGUCACAAAGCAAGUUCAUUCAGAAGCUUCGUCCAAUCCACUUUAGCAAAGAUCGUUUGCGAGACAAGUCGGCCGAGCUCACUCCCAAAGAAGUGAGCUGUCUGAGAGCAGUGAACGGUAGCCUGAAUUGGCUGGCCACACAGUCCAGACCAGAUUUGGCUACUCAGGUCUCGUUUUCCCAACAAUCCUUUCCAAGUCCUACAGUUUUGGACGCACUGGCCGCGAACCAUGCUGUCCGACGUGCCCGGCAACAUGCCGAUCAGAACCUGAGAUUUUCCAGUAUUCCGGUUGACAAGUUAUCUAUCAUGUGUCAUUCUGAUGCAGCGUUUGCCAAUGCUAAAGCAGGUGCCACACAAGCAGGUUACAUGAUCAGUUUCACUCAUGCAGACAUGGAUGUUGGUGCUGAGUGUUCAUGGUCGCCAAUAUACUGGAAAGGCGCACGGCUGCCCAGAGUCGUGAGCUCUACUCUCAGCGCUGAAGCACAGAGCAUGGCUGUGGCUACAAGUAUGUGCGAAUGGGUUUCUCUUUUGCUGUCAGAGGCGUUGGAUGGGCCUCGCUACGUAUACAACUUUUGGAAUCAUGCCUCCAAGCGAUUGAUGCUGGUUGAGAGCCCUGAGGCUUUUGAUCUCCUUAGAGCAUGCAUCCGCUCGGCACGUUAUCAGAUAAGUCCCGAGCAAAAGAUCUUGGAACGAAGAGCUGAGAUGCCUCGAACUGAUGCCAAGCCUUCCACUUGGACGGUCAGCGACUUUGAUCAGUGCGUGCAACUGGUCCUGGUUGCGCGUAGCCGUGGAGGCUUUGAUGAUGUGAUGGACCGUGUCAAGAGGAUUGAGAAUGGGCUCCACACGGAGUUUAAUGCAGUUGGUCUCGCCGACGGUGAUUACCGUUUGUGUGAUGAGUUUAUCUCUGGCAAGGGUGCCAUGACCGACGGCUCAAAACGCCGUUUUGACAACGAUACACCGGUGUCAGGAGAUGUAGAGUGCUCAGCUGGAUACGUGAUGCCGAAUGUGAGUGAUGUACCUUUCUCAUCUCAUGCUUCUACAGUGGAAGUCCCUCUGAAGAUGUGCUUGCCUCCAGGCAUUACGUCAGUGCCUGACUGGGGAACUUACAAAGUGAGUUUUGGGAAGUUUCAGGGGAAGAAGACGUAUGCAGAAAUUCGUCAUGAAUCUACUGCAGAGAUGGCCUCAUACCGCGGUUAUGUGAUGUCACAUCGAAAGUCUGGAUCAGCUCAGUUGAAGGAUUUGGCAGCUUACCUCAUUGCUGCCGGCUACGAAGGUGAAGAAUCUCAGAUUCCAAAGAUCCCAGGCACCUCACAGCCAAGUGCUCCAACUGUGCUCCCAGCCCCGGCCGCCCCGGCCGCGCGCGCGGGCGGCAGUUCGGUGUGGGUGACAGCACCGGAAGGGGUCUCAGCCGAAGCGCGCCUGGCCGUACGGCUGCCAGAGUCGGAGUUCACGUACAUCGAGCGCCCCUGGUCGCACUUCCUGUCACGCUGGGCGGCCGUCGAUGAUGAGCUUCACAAAAUAUUCGGGGAGGAGGCGUUCACCAUGCUGGACAUGGGAAGUUGCGCGGGAUUCUUUAGCUUGCAGGCUGCUGUGGCCUACCCCGCAGCAAUGAUCCUGGGAGUUGAGGGAUCUGUCGGCAUCGGCAAUGGCACCAUUGGUGUGGAUGGCUCUCAGGAGAAAAUCAUCGCGAGCGAAGGCAUCCAAACACACCUCCGCUGGAUUCAGCGGCUGAAUCUCCGAAAUUGCCUGGUGGCACCAGAAGUGUGGGAUUUUGACAAGGUCGCCAGCCUUGCGGCGAAGCAGAGCUAUCUCUGCGACGUGAUGCUGCUGCUGUCAGUGGUCCAUCACAUGGACCAAGCAAGGGGGCCCAAGAUCGGCAGGAAGACUGAGAACUUGGCAGCGUCAUUCGACGAGUUCACACGCCUGUGCAAGUACUGGAACAACAACCGCUGCAACAUGGGUUCCAAUUGCAACUUCGCCCACGACACUCGUGAGCUGCGUGCGCAACCAGACCUGAUGGCCACACGCCUUUGCUUCCAAUUCUCUCGGAAGGGCAUGUGCAAGAAUGGCGAUGACUGCAAGUACGCGCAUGGAAAGUCAGAGUUGAGACGCACGCCGGCAGAGAAGCCAAAGCUUCCUCAGGAGUUGGAAACGCGUAAAGCUCCACUUUCACAAUUUCCGCUACUUCCAAAGGUGGCACAUGUGUCACAGGUGGACUUGUUGUGCCCUGCGUUCGCGCCUCCUCCGGGGCUGGAGUUUCUGCCACCGGGGCUUUUUGAGGAACAGCCCGCGUCCCUAAGCCGCCAGCCCACACUGGACAGUUUGGGUUCGCUGCCGAGGGAGUUGCCGAUGAUGGUGGACCUGAAGAGCUUGAACUGUCGUGACGCUUCGGACAGCACUUCCAGCACUUCCACGAACAGCGCUAUGUCUGGAAGCCCUGGACCUUCCGACAGUGAACCGCUGUCACCACAAUCCCUGGCCUCCGUGUCUUGGUGA